GCUUGGCAGGUGGAGGCGCCCUGGCCGCCGCCAGCGCCUCGCAACGGUUGGCGCUCGUUGGAUCGCGUCUCCCGGGGCGAGUUCCUGGACUUUUCGCAGUCGCUGGUGGUGCUCGGCCAGAUGUCGGCGCUGGGAUCUCACGAAGUUGGCCUCUACGAUGCUGCGCUGAGCCCACCACGCGGCCUCUCGGCGUGCGCAGGGCACUGGGACUUCGUGGCAGAUGUCUGUGCCAUCUCUGCACAGUCCUUCGCUUCAGCAUCCCUCGAUGGAUCCCUGCUGCUGUGGGAUCUGCGCAGUGGCCUCGGCCCCACAGCAAAGGCCGGUUUCCGGGAAGCUGCGCCCCGUUCUCU